GUUUAUUUUUAUUUCUUUCUCAAAACAGGAAUCCCCACUCUGGGCAAAAAUGUGGUGGUAGCUGGGAGAUCCAAAAAUGUGGGGAUGCCCAUUGCUAUGCUGCUCCAUACAGAUGGCAGACACGAGCGUCCUGGAGGUGAGUGCUUCUCCCUAGUGUUGUCUACAUUUACAUUGUCAGCCGUUCACUUCCAUGGAUUUGAUGGUUGACCAUUUUGGUCGAAUAGAGAUCCAUCCCAGCUGUUGUACUAUUUCUACUACUCCUCUCAUAAUGCUUUUCCAGGAUCUUGAGGCAAAAAUGGAAGCGUAAAACACCAUUUCUGUAGAACUAGAAAAGAAGCAAGUCCCUUUCAAAUUACAUAGGUCGCACUUUCUGUUGGUGGACAUUCUGUAUGGGAUUGGAAUCUUUCUUAAUUUCACAAUUUGAAAAAAAAUUGACAUCUUUUCCUAAAUGUUUUAUGAAUGAUAUGGGUGAUUCUGUUACUUAAAAAUUAAUAUAGAUCAACCCUUGGUGUAUUACCGUUCUGAAUGCACAUUUGAAGGACAACAUAAAUCCAUAAUUCAUUAUAUGCAUGUGUUUGGUUUAUUUUUUUUUAUUUUUAUUUUUUAUUUUUUUGUAGUCUGAUUUUGAGGGAAAAAUUUUUUUGUGUGUGUGUGGCAUAUAUCUAGGAUUACUCCAGGCAGCCAGGAAUGUGUUUGGUUAGUUCUGCUAAGAUUGUUUAGUAAAUAACUAGUCUUGCUCUAUAAUCCCAACCUGCAGUGUUUUCCUAUCUUCUCUAGUAAUCCAGGCCCACCUGCUAUCAUGCCUUUGUACCUCUGUGGAUCAGCUGUUGGCUUUUACAGUAGAAUACUGGCAAUUGAACUAAAACUUCCACAAAUCAUAACUUAUUAAAUAAGCCAUAUUGCUAUGGUGUAAAACUUGACACCCUGUACUACUAGCCUGUUCUUAAGUUACUUGCAUUUGCAAGCCAUAGCAUACUUAUCAGGGAUAGAUAUGCAAAAGAUACAGAAACUUCUACAGUUUUGUUUUACAUUUAAUGUAUACCAUGCAGAGAACUCCAUACUGGACUGUCCUUUUUUUAAAAUCCGAUUGAGAACAGUUUUUACCGUUUGUUCUUACAUUUCAGGUGAUGCCACAGUAACGAUCUCUCACCGGUACACCCCUAAAGAACAACUGAAAAUGCACACUAGGCUAGCUGAUAUUGUGGUUGCUGCUGCAGGUAAGUUACUCAACACAAUAGUUAUAUAGAAGCACUAAGCUAGUUUACAAGUAGAUGUAUCCAUAGCCCUUCACAGUAGAGAAGGAGAAACUGAUAUUGUCUGGCAGUUUCAAAUGAAAAAAACAGUCUUAAAUAAUAUAACAGAUGUUCAGUAAUAUAGCAGUCUUAAAUAUAUCCUAUUCAUUUAUAUAAAUAUAGCGUAUGUUUUGGUGAUUAAUUAAAACGUAAUAGGUUUUAUAGUCUUUGAUUUUUUUAUUUUUUUUAUAUAUUUCAACAUAUAAUUCCAAUGCAUGAAGAGUUCCUUAACAUGAGCUUUUAACUUAUUUGAUUUAGUUAUUUUGACCUAUAAUGGGUAUACUAAAUGUCCUUCUUCCUUCCCAGGAAUCCCCAAUCUUAUUACAGCUGAUAUGAUUAAGGAGGGCGCUGCUGUUAUUGAUGUUGGAAUAAACAGAGUGCAGGACCCUGUGACCGGAAAACCUAAACUUGUUGGAGAUGUUGAUUUUGAAGGUAGGAGAACAGAUAGUGUAAAUAAUGAACAGAGAAUCCGGAUAAGUAAUAAAUAUGCUUUUAGAAUGUCCUUAUGUUUCAUGUCCUGUAUAUCUGUGAUAUGGAAUGUUGCAUUGUUCAUCCAGCCUGUACAGGUGGUCAUAUUUGAGACCAUGGCCCUUCAGAAAAGCAAUUUCAAUAUAUAAACUGGAAAUGUAUUGAUUAAAUUACACAUUAUUUUAAAUUUGCUUUAUUGCUGCUCACCUGUGCUUUCUGCAUUUCAGCUGCAUGCAUCACAUUUUGUGUGCCUUUGCAGCUAUGCCUUUGGUGUGAGAUUCAGGCACACAUCAAGCUCUUCAUGCAGCUUAACCUUAUACUAAUUAAAAUUUAUUUUUUUCACUUUCUACUUGUGUUGUGAAAGUCAGUGUUUAUUUCUCAUGACAUCACUUUUUGUUAUGGUUGUAAUAACAGGUCUGUUUUCCUUGAAUUAGGUGUAAGGAAGAAAGCCAGUUACAUCACACCAGUCCCAGGAGGAGUUGGUCCCAUGACUGUUGCCAUGCUGAUGAAGAAUACAAUUAUUGCCGCCAAACGAAUGCUAAAACCUGCAGAGCUUCAAGCUGUUGCCAUGUAACAUCCGCUCCCUCUUACAACUGACUUUACAUUCCGAAUCCAUACAAAGAACAGGCCGAAGUUGAAAAUGCAAUAUUUAUAUUUAUUGUAGUGAAGCUGUCCUCCGACGGGGAAUUUAUUUAUUCUGAGCAGUCGUCUCGCUCGGUGUGCAGAGCAAGGAAAUAAUUGACUUUUUGGAGUCAUAUCCUCUGCAUGAAAUGUAAAAUCCUCACAUGUGCUAUUUAAAGUGACUGUAACUAGUUACUGGUGCAUGAUUUAAGCCAAAGUUGAUGCAAUUUUGCAUCUAGGAAGUUGAUAAUUUAUACGGCCUAUUCUGGAGGGCUAUGCAAUGAGCCAGAGUUCUCACUCAACCAGAGAAGGAUUAUGCUGUUACAGAAAGUAGUCCUAUGGGGAAUGGACAUUUUAACUUGUUGAAUGCAUGCAGGGUUUUCAUACCAGGAUUUUUUUAAACUGGGACCCUGUUGACAUGUUUUAUAACCUGCAGGUCUCUGAUAAUGGGUUAAAAUGGUCACUCGUUCAUACAUUAAUUUACUUGAAGUAUAUUGGUCAUAAUAACUUCAUUCUAAUAGUGGCGCCUUAAUUAUUGUCUAUGUAUCACCCAGAGGGUCAAGCCUCUAGAAUGUGACAGAUUCUUUAGAAUAACUGCAGAGAAUAUAAGUGUAACUGAUAUGCGUGACCAGUGAUAGCAGCAGGUAGACAUAUCUAAUAGCUAAGUGAUGGCUAACCUUUUCUACUGCAGCUGUAGCAGCAUGAACUACAUCCUCCAUGAUGCCCAGCCUGCGGUAUGCCAUUAUUAUAGCUUUUGGAGCAUAUCCUAGACCCUGUGCCUGACUGCAUUAAACGCUGUGCUUGCACGGAAGACCAUCUGGAUAUAAAAAUGUUAAUAUUCAGUUGCAAAUGCUCAUAUGUGAGCAACUGGGUUUAUUUUAAUAACCCAUCUGAGUUACAUACCUAUUUUUACAUGGUUUUUAUGAUUUUGUGUGAAAUGCAACAAACGGCAAAUGGUUUUUUAUCUACAUCAGCAUCUGAUAAUGGGUUUACCAAUGCUGUGGAUACAGAUUUAAUAUUUCAUGCUGAUCUCGAAAGGAAUUAUGAAAUGAUUGCCUGCUCUAUCAUUUGUGCAAUGACAUGUGAAUGAGAUAGGUGUCAUUAUUACAUCAAUUAAAUUCUUAAUUCCUUA